GCUUAUUUUGUCUGUAGACCUCUUGCAACAACGCAAAUCACAUUGUCCAACACGUCGGAACCUAAACUCCUGUUCAUAGCUUAGUAUCCUGAACCCUUGGUAUUUGUGAUAUUAUACUCUGGCGAUGGCACCACAUAUCCUCAAGCAACUCCGCUAUAUUGCUUUCGGAGCUGCAACUACUUGGUACUUCAACGUUCCCAAGCACAUCUCUGAGGUGUUAGAUAGGGGUGUGACAACUCUCCCAGGAGCUUUGACUGUCACAAGUAUUGCUCUGCAAAUACUUGCUGUCGGAGUAUUUCUUUACAUCUUGGUUUAUCUUCCUCGCAUCAAAGGGAUUCACCCUGACUACUCUCAUUGGCCGCAAAAUGAACUAUCUACUGCGGUCCCAUGGCUAACGUUCGGGAUUAUUGGGGGAUGGAGCUCCCUCUUCUAUGCACUCUGGAGCUACACAGAACUCGUGCUCUGGAAGAGCAUCGUAGCCAGUCUUGGGUUCUAUGCUCUGACAGUGGGCAUUAUCGGGCUGAUCCCAACUCCAACACCGCCUCCCCGACCAGAAGGUGCCGGAGAGGAUGACUUGACCCCGGAUGGAAAUCACCCUCAUCACGAUUGAAUUUCACUUCUGAGGUUUCUUGUUUGUGCGAAAUGCCUUGAUUGAUCACGUCUAUUGGAUCUAUUGGAUAUGAGAAUACCUU